AUGUUUGGUGACAAAGCUGAGCCGGGUACAGCACUGAGGUCUUUGAGACCUCGGGUCGAGAAGAAAGACUGGCUGAUGAUGACGGCUGAGGAAGAGGUAAACGGGCCUGGACCUCCUUUUUAAAAUAAACAAUUGCUGAUGCUUAAAAUAAUCCUUAGAUUGAGGUACGGGACGAGUGAGUUCCGUAAAAACGAUUGGCGUGCACCCCUCUACCACUGUGCGUUCCCGAUCGAGACCGGCAGGACCACGAGCCCGUGGCUCAGUGGUUAGAGGCGUUGGACUUCUAACUAACAGGUCGUGAUUUCGAGCCCCAUGUAUUCCGCAAUUCUGGGUUGGGUAUGAUUGGCUGACGACGGCUAACAAACCAGAAAUGACCAUUCCACUUUCCCUUGCCUUUGUCGGUAAUGACAUUCCGCUACAUAGUACGCCGUUGUGCGGCUGCUUAUUGGGCUUGAGGGAGAUCCCGUAAGGCACAACGGAACGAAUGAGUUCCGUAAAAACGAUUGGUGAGCGCCCCUCUACCAUUAUUACCACGUUCGUCUACAUGCUGUGCCAUGUUUAUGCUCCAGCCAGAUCAUCUGCAUCGGUCAUGCAACAGACUUCCCCGGGCACUUUUGUCAGCUUCAGCAUCCACUGAGAGAAGCGCACUUAAAGACGCUGCGUAAUUUCCUUUUUGGUUCACUGCAUAAAUUUUAUAUAACAAAAGUUUUCAGCGUAAUGGUGGCAGGACUUAACAGCCGUUAGUCAGAAACCCGAUGUCGUUAUCUAGACAGAAAGCAGUUGGGGCAGUUUUCGGUGGAAUUACAAGUCACGGGGAUAGGAACCCACACCAUUCUGAGGACCUUGCGCAACUUUCCGGGACAUCAGGGCUAGUGUUAAAUUUAGGAUUAGGACUGAAGCUCGGGUUGGGGUAAGGGUUAGGGUUAGGACACGGCGAACAUGUACCUUCCCUGAAAUUUUGCUUUAGACCACAUGCGCUGGCGGGGGAGGGACUUAAUCUUAUUCCAAUGUUUUUCGGGGAAAGCUGAUAAACAGGUUUCCACAAACACGAGCUUGCCUCGAGACAGAAAAGUAAACUUGCCUCGAUAGCUCCCCUCUAGUCCUCACCAGAACACAAAGUCGACAGCGAGAGCGUCUACUACUACUACUACUACUACUACUACUUUUACUACUACUACUACUACUACUACUACUACUACUACUACUACUACUACUACUACUACUACUACUACUACUACUACUACUACUACUACCACUACCACUACCACUACUAUUACUACUACUACUACUACUACUACUACUACUGCAGGAAACGUGGACCUCGACGGAGGACUCGAUCAAAAAAUAUACGGCUUGCCAGGUGCUGCGUUAACGAAUUAUUAAUACGGACAAUGGUCAUUCUUGCCAGGUGUGGCUUAAAUGUUCGCUCAGCCAUACCUUUCUCUAUUCCUCGAAAAUGGACUUGCGCGAGAGUUCAACACGUCAGAAAAGUGAUCAAACGGCCCCAGAGACAGCCCCCCAUGUCUUCUUCUUCUGGUUCAUUUGCUUGGAGAUCGCGUAUUUUCCACCAUUCCGAAUAUGUGUGAAUAUUAUUCGGUGCAUACAGCCAGAAUAGCCGCAUGGUCUUACUCUCACCAAAUUACCCGAAAGUCGAAUCCGACCAUGUACGAUAGUCCACCUAACCUAUUUGCCAACUGUAAAAUUUCUGACAGGUCCUAAUGUCCAUUCUGGCAAAAGACAGGAUUUUUGCAAUCCACAAUGCAGCCACAAGGCAAUUAUUCCUCUGCUCCCGCUUUAGCUGAGUGGGUUCUUGAGGGUUCUGUUUGCGGAAAUGAAUGAAAAUGCAGGGCAAACUGGAAUCUUAAUGAGACAGUGAAGAUAGCCCGUAAAUUGCACAACCGUAGAUAAAUCCCUUGAGGAGGACCUCCGACUACAAGGGAGAAGUGUAGGAUGUAAACUGUCAUGUUAAAAGAUGUCGAAACCAAACUAAAGAAAGACGAAUUUCUGAUUAACAGGAAUCCUUAGCGUCGACAGGAAGCGGAGAAAGUGCUGAAAUUUAGUGAUGGAAAAACAAAUGCCCAGUGGCGAUAUAAUAGACAAUCUUUAGUGUGGUUGGCAAAUUAAAACAUUGCACGAGGCGUGUGUUGUGCAAAUGUGGCUCAAAAAGGACCUCAAUCCAACCAACACAGGUUUAAGAAAAAACACUUAUGAGCUUGAAAAGUCUUUCAGUGCGCGUAAAUUAGGAUGAAGUAAGAUGUGAGUAUACGAUUGGCGUGCACCCCUCUAGCACUGUGCGUUUCCGAUCGAGACGGCAGGACAACGAGCACGUGACUCGGUGGUUAGAGGCGUUGGACUUCUAACUAACAGGUCGUGCGUUCGAGCCCCAUGUGUUCCGCAAUUCUGGGUUGGGUAUGAUUGGCUGACGAUGGCUAACAAACCAGAAAUGGCCAUUCCACUUUCCCUUGCCUUUGUCGGUAAUGACAUUCUGCUACAUAGUACGCCGUUGUGCGGCUGCUUUUUGGGCUUGAGGGAGAUCCCGUAAGGCACAACGGAACGAAUGAGUUCCGUAAAAACGAUUGGUGUGCGCCCAUCUACCAUUAUUACCACGUUCGUCUACAUGCUGUGCCAUGUUUAUGCUCCAGCCAGACCAUCUGCAUCGGUCAUGCAACAGACUUCCCCAGGCACUUUAGUCAGCUUCAGCAUCCACUGAGAGAAGAGCACUUAAAGACGCUGCGUAAUUUCCUUUUUGGUUCACUGCAUAAAUUUUAUAUAACAAAAGUUUUCAGCGUAAUGGUGGCAGGACUCAACAGCCAUUAGUCAGAAACCCGAUGUCGUUAACUAGAUAGAAAGCAGAUGGGGCAGUUUUCGGUGGAAUUACAAGUCACGGGGAUAGGAACCCACACCAUUCUGAGGACCUUGCGCAACUUUCCGGGUGAUCAGGGUUAGUGUUAAGUUUAAGGUUAGGGUUAAAGCUUAGGUUGGGGUAAGCGUUAGGGUUAGGACAAGGGGAACAUGUACCUUCCCUGGAAUUUUGCUUUAGACCACAUGUGCUAGCGGGGGAGGGGGUUAAUCUUAUUUCAGUGUUUUUCGGGAGAAGCUGAUAAACAGGUUUGCACAAACACGAGCUUGGCGCGAGACAGAAAAGUAAACUUGCCUCGAUAGCUACCCUCUAGCGCUCACCAGUACACAACGUCGACAGUGAGAGCGUCUACAACAACAACAACAACAACUACUACUACUAUUGCAGGAAGCGUGGACCUCGACGGAGGACUCGAUCAAUAAAUAUACGGCUUGCCAGGUGCUGCGUUAACGAAUUAUUAAUACGGACAAUGGUCAUUCCUGCCAGGUGUGGCUUAAAUGUUCGCUCAGCUAUACCUUUCUCUAGUCCUUGAAGAUGGACUCGCAUGAGAGUUCGAAACGUCAGAAGAAUAAUCAAACGGUCCCAGAGACAGUCUCCCAUACCUUCUUCUUCUUUUUCAUUUUCUUGGAGAUCGCUUAUUUUCUUCCAUUCAGAAUAUAUGUGAAUAUUAUUCGGUGCAUACAGUCAGAACAGCCGCAUGGUCUUACUCUCGCUAAAUUACCCGAAAGUCAAAUCCGACCAUGUACGAUAGUCCACCUGGCCUGUAUGCCAACUGUAAAAUCUCUGACAGGUCCUAAUGUCCAUUCUGACAAAAAGACUGGAUUUUUGCAAUCCACAAUGCAGCCACAGGGUAAUUAUUCCUCUGUUCCUGCUUAAGCUGAUUGAGUUCUUGAGGAUUCUGUUUGCAGAAAUGAUUGAAAAUGCAGGGCAAACUGGAAUCUUAAUGAGACAGUGAAGAUAACCCGUAAAUUGCACAACCGUAGAUAAAUCCCUUGAGGGGGGACCUCCGACUCCAAUAAAAAAGCGUUAGAUAUAAGCUACCAUGUUAAAAGACGUCCAAACCAAAGUACACAAAGACGCAUUUCUGAUUACCAGGAAUCCUCAGCGUCAACAGGAGGCGGAGAAUGUGAUGAAAUUGGGUGAUGGAAAACAGAUGCCCAGUGGCGAUAUACUGGACAAUAUUUAG